GUGAACGGAAGUAACCCUCCUGAAUCACGCCACCGGCUGAUGCUGCUCCGGGGGGAGUCGGUGAUAAAGCGGGAGCGGCCCUAACGCAACACCCCCCCCCUCCGCUCUCCUUUGCAGCCCCGCAUCAGCAUCAACAUCCGCCGACGGUCCCGGCGCCUGCAGCCGGUAACUUGGUGAGUGCCGGAACGACGACGGACGUUCGGGGGAGGCUUCUGUCUGCCGGCGACGGGCCUGUGUCCCUUCCCUGAUCGGCUGCCGGCAGUUAAUCCAGAUCUGAUUACUCUCACUGGAAUGUUAAUCGACACAAGGCAGAAUGUCAGAUCAAGAUCCAACAAACAAGCUUCCUCAGCUCCAGCUGAAAUGCCAGCAGUCCAAGUUCAUUAUCGGCUCCGUAUCCGAGGACAACUCGGAGGAUGAAAUCGGAAUGAACAGCAGCAAAUCCGAUAUUAUGGAGGAUAAGGACCGAUCGCUAUCACCUUCCUCUGUAAACUCCGACAGUCUGUCUGAUCUGUGCCUGGCUAAUGACGGGUUUCCUGUACAAAUGAGGCCUAGCAUGUCAGGGCUGCACCUGAUAAGGCAAGGACGGGACAGGAAGAAGCUUGAGCUGCAGAGAGACUUCACGGUUGCUUCCCCAGCUGAGUUCGUAACUCGGUUUGGUGGCAAUAAAGUUAUUGAAAAGGUGCUGAUUGCCAACAAUGGGAUUGCUGCGGUGAAAUGCAUGAGAUCCAUACGGCGCUGGUCUUACGAAAUGUUCAGGAAUGAACGUGCAAUACGAUUUGUAGUCAUGGUCACCCCAGAAGACUUGAAAGCUAAUGCAGAAUAUAUCAAAAUGGCAGACCACUAUGUUCCUGUACCCGGAGGACCAAACAAUAAUAACUAUGCAAAUGUUGAGCUGAUAUUGGACAUUGCAAAACGCAUCCCUGUCCAGGCAGUGUGGGCAGGCUGGGGCCAUGCCUCUGAGAACCCCAAAUUGCCAGAACUACUGCACAAACAUGACAUUGCAUUCAUGGGUCCUCCAAGUGUUGCCAUGUGGGCCCUGGGUGAUAAAAUUGCUUCUUCUAUUGUAGCACAGACUGCAGGCAUCCCCACUCUACCCUGGAGUGGCACCGGACUGAUGAUUGAGUGGACAGAAACCAACCCUCCAAAACUGAUUGUGAAUGUUCCUCCUGAGCUGUAUGAGAAGGGCUGCAUUGCAGACGUGGAAAGUGGUAUGAAGGCUGCGGAAGAUAUUGGCUAUCCAGUGAUGAUCAAGGCCUCUGAAGGAGGAGGUGGAAAAGGGAUAAGAAAGGUGAACAAUGCUGAGGAUUUUCCAAACCUUUUCAGACAGGUGCAAACUGAGGUCCCUGGUUCUCCAAUUUUUGUCAUGAGACUUGCCAAACAUGCACGUCAUCUUGAAGUCCAAAUCCUUGCAGAUCAUUAUGGCAAUGCAAUCUCCUUAUUUGGCCGUGAUUGUUCCGUUCAGCGGCGACACCAGAAGAUUAUCGAAGAAGCCCCAGCAACAAUUGCUACCUCAACAGUGUUUGAAAACAUGGAGAAGUGUGCAGUGAAGCUGGCAAAAAUGGUAGGCUACGCAAGUGCGGGCACAGUAGAAUAUCUUUACAGUCAAGAUGGAAGUUUCUACUUUCUGGAGUUAAACCCAAGGCUUCAAGUGGAACAUCCUUGCACUGAAAUGGUCGCAGAUGUAAACUUGCCUUCAGCACAGCUGCAGAUUGCUAUGGGAAUCCCUCUGCACAGAAUCAAGGACAUCCGCAUGCUCUAUGGAGUUGCCCCAUGGGGAGAUUCACCAAUUGAUUUUGAGAAUUCUACAAAUAUCCCUUGUCCGCGUGGUCACGUGAUAGCUGCUCGUAUCACCAGUGAAAACCCUGAUGAGGGGUUCAAGCCAAGCUCUGGGACAGUUCAGGAGCUGAACUUCCGCAGCAGUAAAAACGUCUGGGGUUACUUCAGUGUCGCAGCAGCGGGAGGUCUCCAUGAGUUUGCCGACUCUCAGUUUGGACACUGCUUUUCCUGGGGGGAGAACCGAGAAGAAGCCAUCUCUAACAUGGUGGUGGCGCUGAAGGAGCUGUCCAUUCGCGGUGAUUUCAGGACAACGGUAGAAUACCUUAUCAGAUUGCUGGAAACUGAGAGCUUCCAGCAGAACAGCAUUGACACUGGCUGGCUGGACCGGCUCAUUGCAGAGAAAGUCCAGGCAGAGAGGCCGGAUACCAUGCUGGGAAUUGUGUGCGGAGCUCUCCAUGUUGCAGAUAAAUCCUUCAGGAACAGUGUGUCCAAUUUUCUUCACUCAUUGGAAAGGGGACAAGUGUUACCAGCUCACACUCUUCUCAACACAGUGGAUGUGGAACUCAUUUUUGAAGGGGUGAAAUAUGUGCUGAAGGUUACAAGGCAGUCACCCAAUUGCUAUGUGGUUAUAAUGAAUGACUCAUUUGUGGAGGUGGACGUUCAUCGGCUGAGUGAUGGUGGCUUAUUGCUGUCAUAUGAUGGCAGCAGCUACACCUCUUACAUGAAGGAAGAAGUAGACAGGUACCGUGUUACAAUUGGAAACAAGACUUGCGUGUUUGAAAAGGAAAAUGACCCUUCGCUGUUACGUUCGCCCUCUGCGGGAAAGUUGAUCCAGUAUACAGUGGAAGAUGGUGGUCACGUUUUCGCAGAUCACAGCUUUGCAGAAAUUGAGGUGAUGAAGAUGGUGAUGUCACUGGCUGCUCAGGCAUCUGGCUGUAUUCAUUACGUGAAGCGACCAGGAGCUGUCCUGGAGCCAGGCUGUGUAAUUGCUAAGCUGCAGCUGGAUGAUCCCAGCAGAGUUCAGCAGGCAGAGUUAUUCACACAACCUCUGCCUAAGAUCCAGAGCUUGGCUCUUCGAGGGGAAAAGCUUCACCGCAUCUUCCAUUAUGUCUUGGACAACUUAGGGAAUAUCAUGAAUGGAUUCUGUCUGCCCGAGUCCUAUUUUGAUGUCAAGGUGAAAGAUUGGGUGGAACGCUUAAUGCAGACCCUGAGAGACCCAUCCCUUCCACUCUUGGAAUUGCAGGACAUCAUGACCAGUGUUGCUGGAAGAAUCCCACAAGCGGUGGAGAAGGCUAUCAAAAAAGAGAUGGCCCAGUAUGCAAGCAAUAUCACUUCCGUGCUCUGCCAGUUCCCCAGCCAGCAGAUUGCCAAUAUUCUAGACAGUCAUGCUGCAACGCUAAAUAGGAAAUCAGAGCGGGAGGUUUUCUUCAUGAACACGCAGAGCAUUGUUCAGCUGGUACAGAGGUAUCGGAGUGGAAUUCGAGGUCAUAUGAAAGCUGUCGUCAUGGAUCUUCUUAGACAGUAUUUGAAGGUGGAGAUAGAAUUUCAGCAAGGGCAUUAUGAGAAAUGUGUAUUUAUUCUUCGAGAGGACCAUAAAGGAGACAUGACUACCGUCCUGAACUACAUCUUCUCUCACGCCCAAGUCACCAAGAAAAACCUUCUAGUUACAAUGCUUAUUGACCAGUUGUGUGGUCGGGAUCCUACCCUAACUGAUGAGCUGAUUGCUAUUCUAACUGAACUAACGCAACUAAGCAAGACUACCAAUGCAAAAGUAGCUCUCCGAGCUCGGCAGGUUUUGAUCGCAUCACACUUGCCCUCUUAUGAGCUGCGUCACAAUCAGGUGGAGUCUAUCUUCCUCUCAGCUAUUGACAUGUACGGUCAUCAGUUCUGCAUCGAGAACCUUCAGAAGCUAAUCCUGUCAGAGACAUCCAUCUUUGAUGUUCUUCCCAAUUUCUUCUAUCAUAGUAACCAGGUGGUGAGAAUGGCAGCUCUGGAGGUGUAUGUGAGACGAGCCUACAUAGCAUAUGAGCUGAACAGUGUACAGCAUAGGCAGUUGCAGGAUGGAACUUGCAUUGUGGAAUUUCAGUUCAUGCUGCCCACGUCCCAUCCUAACAGAGGGAACAUCCCCACACUUAACAGAAUGUCUUUCUCCUCAAACUUGAACCAUUAUGGGAUGUUCCAUGUCGCAAGUGUGAGUGAUGUUCUGCUCGACACCGCUUUCACUCCACCUUGCCAGCGAAUGGGAGCAAUGGUUGCCUUUCGUAACUUCGAAGAUUUUGUCAGAAACUUUCAUGAUGUGACAAGCUGCUUUUCUGAUUCACCGCCUUCAAGCCCAACAUUUCCUGAAUCAGGGCACGCCUCCCUUUAUGAUGAAGAUGACAGCAAGAAUAUGAGAGAUGAACCCAUUCAUAUCCUUAAUGUGGCUAUUAAGAUUGAUAAUGACACUGAUGAUGAUGGCCUUGUGACAAUGUUCGGGGAGUUCAUGCACUCCAUGAGAUCAGUUCUGUUUGACCACGGUAUUCGGCGCCUGACCUUCCUUGUCGCACAGAAGGAUUUCCGGAAGCAGUGUAAUUAUGAGGUGGAUCGGAGAUUUCAUAGAGAAUUCCCAAAGUUCUUCACCUUCCGAUCAAGAGACAAGUUUCAGGAAGACCGGAUCUACCGGCAUCUGGAGCCUGCGUUGGCCUUCCAGCUGGAGCUGAACCGAAUGCGGAAUUUUGACCUGACUGCAAUGCCGUGUGCCAAUCACAAAAUGCACCUGUAUUUGGGCGCUGCAAAGGUGGAGGCAGGAAUCGAGGUUACAGACUACAGGUUCUUUGUACGGGCCAUUAUUCGGCACUCUGACCUGGUCACGAAGGAAGCCUCUUUUGAGUAUCUACAAAACGAGGGUGAACGGUUGUUGCUGGAGGCUAUGGAUGAGCUGGAAGUGGCAUUUAACAACACUAAUGUUCGAACAGACUGCAACCAUAUUUUCCUCAAUUUUGUUCCCACUGUUAUUAUGGAUCCUUCAAAGAUCGAAGAGUCUGUGCGUAGCAUGGUGAUGCGAUAUGGCAGUCGUCUGUGGAAGCUGCGAGUGCUUCAGGCUGAGUUGAAAAUAAAUAUUCGCUUGACACCCACAGGGAAAGCAAUUCCAAUCAGGCUGUUUCUGACCAAUGAGUCUGGUUACUACUUGGAUAUCAGUCUGUACAAGGAGGUGACAAACUCCAGGACUGGUCAGAUCAUGUUUCAGGCCUAUGGGGAUAAACAGGGACCAUUACAUGGAAUGCUUAUCAACACACCUUAUGUUACCAAAGACUUAUUGCAAUCUAAGAGGUUUCAAGCACAAUCCCUUGGAACGACUUAUGUGUACGACUUGCCUGAAAUGUUCCGACAGUCUUUGAUCAAACUAUGGACCUCAAUGGAAGUUCAAGCCUAUUUACCUUCCAUGCCGGCAGAGCUUCUGACAUUCACCGAGUUAGUGCUGGACAGUCAAGGUCAGCUGGUACAGCUGAAUAGGCUUCCUGGUGGCAAUGAGAUUGGUAUGGUGGCCUGGAAGAUGCACCUGAAGUCACCAGAAUGCCCAGAUGGCCGUGACAUCAUUGUCAUAAGCAAUGACAUCACACACAAGAUUGGGUCCUUUGGGCCACAGGAAGACCUGUUGUUUCUGCGAGCUUCAGAACUUGCCAGAACCAAAGGCAUCCCGCGCAUAUACAUUGCAGCCAACAGUGGGGCAAGGAUUGGAUUGGCAGAGGAAAUUCGACACAUGUUUCAUGUAGCGUGGGAAGAUCCUACUGACCCUUAUAAGGGAUACAAAUACCUGUACCUCACACCCCAGGACUAUAAGAAGGUCAGUGCGUUGAACUCUGUCCAUUGUGAACAUGUUGAGGAUGAGGGAGAGUCAAGAUACAAAAUAACAGAUAUCAUUGGGAAAGAAGAGGGCCUAGGAGUUGAAAAUCUCCGAGGAUCAGGAAUGAUAGCGGGAGAAUCAUCCUUGGCUUAUGAAGAAAUUAUCACCAUGAAUUUGGUCACCUGCCGUGCAAUUGGCAUUGGCGCAUACCUUGUAAGACUUGGGCAGAGAACUAUUCAAGUGGAAAACUCGCACAUCAUUUUAACCGGAGCUGGAGCCUUGAACAAGGUGCUAGGUCGAGAGGUGUACACGUCCAACAACCAGCUGGGAGGUGUCCAGAUCAUGCACAACAAUGGUGUGACCCACACAACAGUCUAUGAUGACUUCGAGGGAGUGGUCGUCCUUCUCCAGUGGCUGUCCUACAUGCCCAAGAAUGUAUCAAGUUCCGUGCCCAUCCUCAAGCCCAAGGAUCCCAUUGAUAGAGUUAUUGAAUUUGUUCCGACAAAAGCACCUUAUGAUCCUCGGUGGAUGCUUGCUGGACGAACUCACCCAACACAAAAAGGACAAUGGCAAAGUGGCUUCUUUGACAAUGGAUCCUUCACGGAAAUCAUGCAACCCUGGGCACAGACAGUGGUGGUAGGAAGAGCCAGGUUGGGUGGAAUACCUGUAGGAGUAGUUGCUGUGGAAACCAGGACUGUAGAGUUAUCAAUCCCAGCAGAUCCUGCAAACCUGGAUUCAGAAGCAAAGAUAAUCCAGCAAGCCGGGCAAGUUUGGUUCCCUGACUCUGCCUUCAAAACUGCACAAGCCAUUAAGGACCUGAAUCGAGAAGGGCUCCCACUGAUGGUAUUUGCCAAUUGGCGUGGCUUCUCUGGCGGAAUGAAAGACAUGUAUGAUCAAGUGCUAAAGUUUGGUGCGUACAUUGUGGAUGGGUUGCGGGAGUACAGUCAGCCUGUGCUUGUGUACAUCCCCCCAAAUGCAGAGCUGAGAGGUGGCUCCUGGGUCGUCAUUGACACCACCAUCAACCCCAGGCACAUGGAGAUGUACGCAGACAAGGAAAGCAGAGGUGGUGUACUGGAGCCAGAGGGGACAGUAGAGAUCAAAUUCCGGAAAAAAGACUUGGUGAAAACAAUGCGAAGGGUGGACCCUGUGUACAUGAACCUGGCCGAGCGCUUGGGCACCCCGGAGCUGAGUCCAAGUGAACGCAAGGAGCUGGAAUCGAAACUGAAAGAAAGGGAGGAGUUUCUGUUACCCAUAUACCACCAGGUCGCUGUGAAGUUUGCUGACCUUCACGACACGCCAGGUCGCAUGCAAGAGAAAGGGGUCAUCACGGAUAUCUUGGAUUGGCCAACAUCACGUACCUUCUUCUACUGGCGUCUGCGCAGACUGCUGCUGGAAGAUACAGUGAAGAAAAAGAUCAUGGAUGCUAACUCUGAGCUGACUGAUGGGCAGAUUCAGGCCAUGCUGAGGCGCUGGUUUGUGGAGGCCGAAGGCGCCGUAAAGGCCUAUCUGUGGGAUGACAACAAGGAUGUGGUGGAGUGGCUGGAAAAGCAGCUGCUGGAGGAGGAAGGUGCUCGGUCGGUCAUUGAUGAGAACAUCAAAUACAUUAGCAGAGAUUAUAUUCUCAAACAGAUACGGAGUCUGGUGCAGGCCAAUCCUGAAGUUGCCAUGGAUUCUAUUGUUCACAUGACUCAACACAUCUCCGCCACUCAGAGAGCUGAAAUUGUGCGCAUUCUGUCAACAAUGGAUGCCCCUGCUUCCACAUAGAGGACACACAGGCCAGAUUCUGCAGCGGCCUGACAGGAACAGAGGCUCUGCCUUUCUGUUGCAACAGCCAGACAGACACAGAUGUUCAAGAUUACGGGGAGCAGAAUCGCAAGCGUGGAAACGUUGUCACUGGCCUGAUGACAUUUUUUCAACAAUUUACAAUUUGUAUCCGAGAUGUAAAGUGUGGAUAAAUUUAAUUUAACCAGAUUGUGAUGUAACAUCAAUGUCUGUAUUCAUGGCACUGCAUUGAACCCUCAAAUCUCACGGCCUUGUGAAAGGUACUGGAUAUGCCUUAAAGAUACAGAUAACAGGUGGAGAUAAAGGCUCAAACUGCCAGCAGUCAAAUCUGUACACUAAACCACUCAGCUCCUUUUAAAGUAGAAAUCUCUGGUUUGCUUGUAAAAAGGCACAUUGUACCUUAUGGUUUGCAGUGCUAGUUAACUGUGCAAUCAAACUAGAAUGCUUCUAGUUUGUGAAAAUAUUUUAAUAUUUUGUGUAACACUUGUUAUUCUGAUUGCUGCUAUUGAUGUUUCUGAAAAAAAGUUUUAAAGCAGGGACUGACAUGAAAGACCAGUUAAGCAGCCAAGUGAAAGUUGUACCACAUCCAACCAACCUCUACAAUUUGCCAUUAGCUAAGUCUCUCAGAAAGUGGAGUGCUAUCGUCUUAAAUAAGGAACUGCAAAGGUAUGUAUACAAGAGGGUAGUGUUGAGAGUCUUGGGUUAAAAUAAAAGCCAUCAGAUAUAGUUCAUUCCCAACUAUGUUGCAAUUUGAAUUUUCAUUGAAGCAUGUUGCCGGACAAUUGACAGGUGGAUCCUGCUGACGUUUGUGCAGCCAGACUGAUUUUCAGGAGAGGGUAUGUCUUUAAAUUUAUAUGGUGGGAGGGGCGCAACAGAGCUACUGGCUAUUUUAAACCAAUUUGUAGUUGGGAUAAAAAAAACUAGUUUCUGUAUUUCUCCAUUUGCCUUGUCAAAGCCAAAUCCAACAAGAGAACAGAGAAUAAGUAGUCGAGACAUAUCAGGAGUAAUCUGUGAAGGGAGUGUCAGCAUUUUCUCUUUAGCUGUGGUGUCAAAAGAAGAGUCUGCAGUUUGAAUGCACAAGGGUAAAGAUAUGAGGAGGAAGAUUUAAAAUGACAGAAGUAUUGUUAUUCUCUUCAGUAAUAGCACGUAGUGAUGGCUUGCAGUUUAACCCUUUCCUUGUAAUCCUGUAAGAUUUGUACCCAAAAAUAACUCGAGGUUUCAAAUCAAUUUUGCCUUCAGUCCAUGGAUUAAGAAAUGGCGCCUCACCACAGUAAAUUUCUCACCAUUCUAUUGUUGUCAGGGAAGUGAGAAUGUGCAUUCAGUAAAAACCUUAAAUGUUUAGAAACACAGAAAAUAGAAGCAGGAGUCAGCCAUUUGAUCCUUCAGCACAAUCCUGCACUUUGGUUCACCCCAUAUUUCUAUCCCUUUCACAUUAAGUAUAUCGCCCUCCUUGUGUGUGUGUAUAUAAUAACUUGGCCUCUGAUACCUUCUGUAGUAGAAUUUUCCAGAUUCAUAUCUGGGUGAAUAAAUUCCUCCUGCAAUCAGUUCAAAAUUACAUAAUCCUUGAACUGUGAUUUUUGGUUCAGGACCGUUCAAACAUCAGGACUCUGCUAGUUUGCUUGGGUUUAUUAUAAUUUGUUGGUUUCUUUGGAAUCCCUUUCUUCUCAAGUGAAUAGGCUCGCUGGCACCAAAAACCGACUUGUUAUUUGCCUUCUUAACUCUAGGCUAAACCUGAGCACCUUCUCUGACUGAUUGACACAUAACAUCUCUAAGUAACCAGGUCUGGAAGAACUUUCUCAAAGAUCUUAUGUGCAAACUUUAAUCAUGAGGAAAUGGAUUUUCAGAGGAGCGCUGAGCAGGGUAGUCAGCUAAUGAUUGCAGGUUAACAAUUGAAUCUGGCUUCUUGUAAGGAAAUACGUGAACAACAUUGUUUCCUCAAGCUAUUGAGGGUGAGCAGUCAUGAUGCAGCAGAGCUGGGCAGCCAGGUUGAUCUUCCACAAUGUCUCCAUCUGCCCAAUGACCUCCAGCCAUGCAUGAGAGAGAAAAGCAGGAGAGACAUGUCUGCCUACCUGUGAACAUAAGACAUAUUAGGCCAUUUGACCAUUGAGUCUGCUCUGCCAUUUCAUCGUGGCUGAUCCAUUUCCAUCCCAUUCUUCUGACUUCUCCCCCUAACCUUUCACACCCUGAUUAAUCUUGCCUUAAGUACAACCAAUGACCUGGCCUCCACAGCUUCCUUACGAUUCAGCUUGGGAAGGAUGGGAGCAGGAAAAGUGAAGAAUUGUGAUUCUACACGUAGCUUUUACAUCUAGUAACUCGGAGCAGUGUGCGUGUAGAUACUCUGCAGCAAGUGAACAAGGUAGAUGGAUUUGUGGCUUCAGGGAAUCGAGAACAAGUUCAGAAUUAGCAAGUCAUAGACAUUAAGCCUCUCAACAAAAUGGGACCCCAUUUCAAACUGGAGGGUUCACUGUAUUUCUACUCUUGAGAUUUUUUUUUAACAACCGUCUUAAUUAUGUGUGGUCCUUCCAAUUCACAACUACCUGCCAGUGUUUCCUACUUUGGCUGCCUUGAAGUAUUGCAAGUAAAUGGGGAUCUUUUCUGAAUGCAUGUAGAAGCAUCCUAAAGAAACAUUUUCCAGUUUCAUUAGAAUGUUCACUCAGAAAAUGCUCCCCAAUUGCUGUAAAUGGGUUGUUGGAGAUGAGCAGAGACUCAGUGGGCUGAAGGGCCUGUAUCUGUGUAACUAAUGCUUUGUUUUUUUUUAAAAGUCAAAUAAACUUAAACGGAAGUAUUCAGGGGA